CCACGUUUUCAUCAUGCCGCGAACCUUAUCGCCCAUCACCACCGCACAUCAAACGUGAGGUGGGAGGACAGGCUGGCUUUUGAGGUUGCAAGCGCGCGUACGAAAUCUUGGUCUCUUUGGCACGAGCUACCAUGAUGACGGCGCCGACUUCACCGCAGGCCUCCUUGCCCUCUCAUUCCUCCUCCUCCUGGUCUUCUUCUGUCAUUCCUUCACCUUCUGGUUCUGGUUCUGCUUCCGCUGCUUCUCCUACUCCUAAUAAGACGUUGGCGUCUGCUUCUCCGACGCUGCCCUCGUGGCAUUUUCCCUUCGGCCCAUCUUCCAAGUACCAUCUCUCGGAGCGCCCACAGCGCAGUCAUCAACGCGUCAAGACGUCCUACACGCCGCGCGCUCCCGUGCUGAGCACCGAGCAGCGCGCGCAUCGUCGCGCUCAGAAUAUCAGCCUAGGCAGCUUUCCGAGUCCUUCCCCGAGCGAAUACAGUCGCAGUCCGCUCUCGCGCCUUUCGAGUCACAGCAGUGCGUCCUCUGCCAAGUAUCCUGGAACCAUGGCGCGUUCCACCAACGGCGCCCCGCUCACUCCAGCCAAGACCUCGCGGCGGACGUCUUCGCUGCAGCAAUCGCCAUUCUCGGACUACUUCUCCGACGAUGCGCGAUCCGCGCUCAGUACCAAUGCGCCCGCACCCUCGAUGGAGACUAAGGCGCUACUCGUGAAGAUGAAUAAGCUGCAAUCACAGCUCAUGCGCGAUCAAUCGGAUAAAGGCCACCAGGCCAUCAGCGUGGUUGGUCGCAAAUUGGCCGAGAUCGACGCUGAGCUGGAAUCUUUGCAUGCUCACUCGCAGUCGCCCAUUGACUUGGAUGACUCAGCGAUAUUCAUGUCGGGGGAGAAGAUCACCGUGCAAACGCCCCAACACAGCCGCGGCCCUUCAUGCCAAUCGUGCAACAGUUUAGAUAGCAGCGUCGCCAGCAGCAAAAUUUUCGACGAGGAAGUUGCCACGCUCAAGCAAUACCAGGCUGAACGCACCUGGUACCUGGGCAAAACGCAAGAACUCCUGGAGAAGCUCAACACCGUCCAGGCUGAACUGCGUCAGCGUCAUGCAGACUUUGCUGAGCUGCACGAGCGUCAUUACACCGUGAUCGAGGAGAAGGAGGCUGAGAUCGAGCAGCUCCGCUCUGAGAAUGAAGGCUUGCGUCAGGAUCUUGGCUUCGAGUACAGCGAGCUGCUGUUCUUGAAGUUGCAGAUGAAGUCGUUGGAAGUUGACAUCGAUGAUCUUCGAAACAUUAACAACACUCAGCUGUCAAGCGAACAGCGCACCAAGAAGAACGAGAUUUUGUCUGAGAUGGACCGCUGGCGGACAGAUUCAGACUGGCAGGACGUUGAAGCCCGUUUUAAGCGUCGAAGAAGCAAGUAUGGCAUUCCCACCUCGCCCGUCCGCAAGGACAGUGCGAGGGCCAAUUCUGAUAUUACUGCACAAGAUGAGAUCGAUUGGCAACUUGAGACUGUCCGCGAAGACCGCGGACGCAUCACUAGUCUUACUAUCAAGCGCACAGACAGCACUCAGAGAUUCCCGCAGAAUGGAGAGGAAACGGUAAUUACGGAGCAGACAGUACAGCCUGUGACCUUGGGUGGUUCCACAGGCUCUGCUGCAGGCGAUCCCUUCGAUUGCACCGCCAAGAAAACAGAAGCAGAACGCCUUCCGAGGUCGUAUGCACAUCAAGACACGCAGACAGAUAUUUCUAUUGCUUAUCCUCUUGAUGAGGAUGAGCCCCAUUUUAUCACACAAGGAGGCCUUCGGGAAGUUUCAGGAGACGCCCAGGAGGAGGACAUUGAAGAAACGUACGAGGAAGAGGAGGAAACUGAAGAUCACGAUUAUUCUAUUGCUGGCACACAGGGAUGUGCCAUCCACAUCUCCGAGUCCGCUGAGGCGGACGAGGAUCUUUACCAAGACGUUGAAGAAGAUGAAGAAACUAUUCUAGAGGAAGCCACGUUGCUGAGUGUGCCGCACAAGAGCGCGUGGCAGGAACUGUGGAGCAGUCUGUCAAGCCUCACAGGGAUUCCGGACGACGAGGAAGACGAAUACUAACCUAACCGACACCACUACACGUGGAGACCACACUCAUUGCACAAAGACUGGACUUUGAUACCCUUUUCUGUUUGAAAUUUUUUGUUUGGGACUUAAUCAAACACAACACAUCGCCGUACUAGGCAUUUUCCGAUUUCGGGCGCUCUAUAGGGGUUGGGCACGGCGCCUAUUUGUUGGUCUACGGAACGGAGUACUGGAUCGAUUUGAGAGCCAGGUAUGUUCGAGUACACACUCGACUUCCCCACCCAACCCUUUGCAUUGCAUGCUUAAUUCCUUAGCACGCUCUAUAGAACACCCUCUGUAGAUAUUCUGUUAAUGUACAGAUCACACCAC